GGCUUCUCCAAGAAGAGUCACACAUUCCUGCCUAAAAUAUUUAGAAAAAUGUCUACUCAGUCAACAAAAGAAAGACCCGAAAGCUUACACUUUCCUUUCCUUGACGAUGAAGAUACCAUCUCCACACUCAAAGAAUCGAAAACCUUUUUUAUUUUGAGAGGUCUCCCUGGCAGCGGGAAGUCCACUCUUGCCCAGGCGAUUCAAGAGAGGUAUAAAGACGCCUGCAAGGUCAUCUCUGUUGAUAACUAUAAAAUUACACCUUUAAUAAGAAGCACCAUUCCUGAAGAAUAUUCAAAGGUGGAUGAGGAUCUAGUUGACUAUUGCAAACGAGACAUCAGCGUUAUCGUUUUGGAUGACACUCACCACGAGAGGGAACGACUGGACCAACUCUUUGAUAUUGCUGACAAAUACCGGUACAAAGUCAUCUUUGCCGAGCCCAAAACCCAGUGGCGGAUGGAUUGCUUGCAGCUGAAGGAGAAGAAUCAAUGGAAACUGUCAGUGGAAGAGCUGAAGAAGAUGAAGCCGAGCUUGGAGAAGGAAUUCCUACCCAUGUAUUUUGGGUGGUUUUUGAGCAAAAGAAGCUCUGAGAUCCUGAGGAAGGCCGGCCAGGCCUUCUUAGAUGAACUUGGAAGCCUCAAAGCCUUCAAAAAGGAGAGUAAAUACUUUGCUUCUGCUAUUGAAGAUCCCAAAAUAAAAAUAGAUCUUACCGGCUACUUUGUGAAGAGGCCGCCCGGGGUCUUACACUGCACCACAAAAUACACCGAGUUCGGAAAAGCAGCCGGAGCCGAGGAAUAUGCACAGCAAGAGGCUGUGAAGGCUUCCUACGGCAAAGGCUUCACCUUGUCCAUUUCGGCCCUGUUCAUCACAACAAAAACUGUGGGUGCUCGCGUAGAGCUGAGCGAACAGCAGCUGCUGCUGUGGCCCGGGGACGCCGAUAAGAUCCUCCCCACCGACAACCUCCCGAAAGGCAGCCGGGCCCACAUCACCCUCGGCUGCGCCAACAGCAUCGAAGCGGUCCAGACUGGGCUCGAUCUGCUGGAGUUUGUGAAACUGGAAAAGGCAGGGAACAAAGGGGAUCAAGUGGGGGAAAUUGGAGGAGGGAAACUGCUGUAUUUUGAUAACGGUAUGUGGAUGCUCACCCUUUCUAAAAAGAUGGAUGUGAAGGCAAUAUUCUCGGGUUACUAUGGAAAAGGAAAACUUGUGCCAACACAGAGCACCAACAAACGGGGCUCUGCUUUUAGUUCCUGCACCAUCAUCUAGGAGCACGGGCAGGGUAGCUGUUUGUUUGUUUUUAAAAGGCAAGUAACUCCUGUAACCUUUAAAAUUGUAAAGAGAAAUAAUUCUCCCUUUACUAAAGUAAGCCCUUUUGCCAAGCCCAGUGUGAAGCCUCUCUGCGGAGAGAGUUUAUCGGCCUCAGAACAAGGAAGAAAACAAGCAACUCUUGACUGA